AUGACAUGGCGGCGCGAGAUGCUCCCGAGAGCCAACCGGUGAAGAAACGUUAAACGCCAGACGAACGCGGGAGAGAGGACUGUUUGCCUUCUCCUCUUUCUCCCGGUCUUAUUUUUCUUUUUCCUCAGCUUUUUCUCCUUCGCUUCUCCUCGCGAGCGAACUGGUCCCGAACUGGUCACGCAACUUGCUCCAGGCUGACGUCACAGAUUCUACCUAGAAGAGUGGGAUUCCGAUCAGUCUCUCUCUCCGUUUCUGGUCUCGCGGCUAAGUUCUUCCUCUCGCCGAGUGCUCGACCUAGCUCUGUCUCGUUCCAGUCCGCACGAAUCGCGGACAACAGUGGGGAAUCCGCGUAUUCUGCUGCACACCAGGCUACACAAUGCAGUCGGCUUCGCCUUACGUGAUGAUGCCUUACGAUCUCUCUUUCCGUUUCGUUAUUUUUAAACGAUGACUGCUCGCGUCCUCGAUACGUCUGUCAGCGCAAAGACCAGCACGAAUUCCGAGGGUAUUUGUACUUGUUCUGUUCCUCUCGGCGGUCCUUGUUUUCCACCCCUCUGUCGGAUUCACUACCCUCGUUUCUCGGCAAAGUACUACAGCCGUCAGUCGCCGACGAAGACACUUCCAAUGUGAAUUUCUCGAAUCGUUACGAACAGUUCAGCCGUGCAAAUGGGAAGUUUAAUCGGACGGACAGAGACAUUUAAAGACCAGAACCAGCCGAUCCUCCGUCGAUCUUUGAAUCUGACACUUGGAUACCCUACAGGUGGAUUCUCCCUCUCGGAGCACUGCGCUCCAAGGUAAGAGCAAGAAUUUCGCUGAGAAUGUAAGGUACUCGGUAGAAAAUUGAAGUCGCAUCUCCCAUGAUAUCUACGGAGGAGGGAAGAAAAAUAUAUUCUCAUCGGACUGACUCGGUACUCGCGACUCCCAGGCGAAAAGACUCGUCGCCGAUUCGUUACAAAGGAAUCCCCGAGCUACUUGAACGUCUACGCGCCCCAUAAAAAUGUGCGCGGCACUUUAUAUCGAGCGAGACCGUUCCCACGACACCCCAUGCGCUUCGCUUAUGGGAAUAUUUUACAGGGGUGAAUUUGUACGUACGAGCGCGAACGCGCCUGUAUGUAUGUGUACGUGCGACACACACGCGCCCGCGUGCGAGUGUGAGUGCGUGAGCGCGUACACGUCUCGCGAGGCUGGUUCUAACGGCAAUCAACGUGCUUGCACUUUCAUUGGUAACGUACUGAUCUCGAUAGUACUGAUCCCGUUUUUGAUUCCAACGCAAUCAUCUGGUCAUCUGAUCGACCGUACCGGAAUUUGCAUUGUAAUCGCAGACUUGAAUGUAAAAAUUCAAUUUCAGUUCAUUUCUUUCGAUAAAUGAAUUAUUUGCCAUCUGGUUUCAGUGAAUAAGCGAUUUAUCGAUUGACGCAAGAAUAUUAAACAAACGCAAUUAUGAAAAUGGAUGAAAAAAGAGAAUAUCUUCAACACACUCUCAAUAUCCUUAGCGAAGAACCAUUAUCGUGGAAGUCGUAUCACGAGAUAUAGGAUAAAUAAAACAAAAACAAUGUUAAAAUUCACGAUAAUUGUUAUUCUAGCCUUUGCCAAUUUCCAGACAAAAAUAAAUGUAGCAUUGGCUUUAACAGAAGAAGAUCUGAAGGAUCAAUUAAUGGUCACGAUCAUAGAAGCAAAAAAUCGGGCAUUCGAGCUAGUACAGGGAAUUAGAGCAUUAGCAGCCAAUAAACCCGAGAAAUUCAUUGGAACUGUAGAUCAAAUGGUGCAAAAUUCCCUGAAUGAUAUGGAAACACUGAAAAAACAAUCUGGUACCGUAAACGAUGUUUCUUGCAACGAGAAGAGCAACAUAGAAGAUGCUGCUCUUAAAACUAUCUCACAAUAUCAGACUUGUAUAGAAAAAGUGAUCGAUAGUGCCGAUGCCGACCUGAGUUACUUAGCCUCUGAUGGAAACCUUCUAAUGAAAGAAAUACAAUACGCUAAGAGCAUCAACGAGGAACUGCGUAAGCAAGUUCUUGACAUCGAAGCAAGAUCUUACAAAUUUGGCAAAUACGUACAAAAAUUGGAAAAGUGUGAUACUCAAUCGAAUUUAGUACGACUAACACGACAAAUCUCCGAAGCUUUAGCUAGAUACAAGCAAUGCCUUCAGAAAUGAAAAUAAUUUAACGUUUUACCGAAAAAAUAUUUUGUCCAUUUGAAUCCAAUGCAAGUAUUUUCACUUUGAAAUUAUCACAUUUACAUUUCAAUGUUUUUAAAGAUAUUAAAAUUCAAUGAAAAUGUAAUAAUUAAUUAUUUUUUAGACUGUAUAAAUAAACAAUUAUAUGAAUAUAUAAAAUUGCUACAUAAAGCAAUAAUAGCAAGUAUUAAUGUUUUCCAACGUCAACGUUUUUUAAGAAUAUCUUUGUUUUUUUAUCGCAUGCAUGACUCUGUUAUCCAUUCACUAGUAUUUAUUCAUUGAAGGAAAUAAACUUUUCUUAAUGCAGGGACAGAUUUUUAGUAUUUAAAUUAUUGUAUUCAAUAUCGUAAAAUAAUACGAAAAUACGGGAUUCAUUUUCGCAACAAUUAGAUCAUGACGUGAAGAUGUAGCGUAAAAAAUAUUUUAAGUUAAUGAAAAUUUGUAACUCCGCAAAAUAAUAUCACAGAAUAAUAUGUCGCCACGAAAUAUUCUAUCAAUAUCAAUAUACCACAGAAAUAAACUAGAAUGUUCCUUUCUGUAAUA